AUGGAGCUCACGUCGGAGCAAGAACAACUCAUCCACCGCAAUGCUCAAGCUUCCAAGGCAAUUCUCUCUGCCUUGAGUCCGGAGGAGUUCAACAAGGUUGAUGGACUUGAGGAAGCCAAGGAGAUAUGGGAUACUUUGCAAUUGGCUCAUGAGGGAUCACCCGCCGUUCGUGAGGCCAAGAUUGAAUUAUUGGAAGGAAGGCUUGGAAGAUUUGUGAUGGAUGACAAGGAGACACCACAAGAGAUGUAUGAUAGGAUGAUGAUUCUUGUCAACAAGAUUAAAGGACUUGGGAGUGAGGACAUGACAAAUCACUUUGUAGUCAAGAGACUUCUCCGUGCAUUUGGUCCAAGAAAUCCCACUCUUGUAUCAAUGAUACGGGAAAGGAAAGACUUCAAGAGACUCACCCCAAAUGACAUUCUUGGAAGCAUUGUGUCUCAUGAGAUGCAAGAAGAGGAAGCUCGUGAAGUGAGGCAAAUGGUGAAGAAUGCGCCCAUGAUCAAAAAUCAAGAAGUUGCUUUGAAGGCAAACCAAGAAGAAGAGUCAAAUGAAGCUAAGGCUAAGGGAGGCAAGAAGAAGCCGAAGCGUGCUCAUGUGGCGGAGGCACACAUGGCGGAAGUGUGUGAUGAGGAAAGUGAUAAUGAAUUAGAUGAUGUGCUUAAGAGCCUUAGCAAACCCACUAUGCAACAUUUGGCUAAGUUAAUGAGAGCUUUGGAUAGUAAAGAACAAUCACUCGAAAGGCAAGAAGAAUUGCUUAUUCUUGAGAAGAAAAGAAACCUUGACUUAGAGGAGAGCUUAGCUAAAGAAUGUGCUAAAAAUGAACAACUAGCUAAUGAUCUUAAUUUGGCUAAUGGUUCUUUAGCUAGCCUUAGAGAUGUCAAUGAGACUCUUCAAGAGAAAUUUGCUUGUUUAGACAAAAGUCAUAAAGAUCUUGAAGUUCAAUUUGACACUCUUUGGAAUAGUACCUCUCAACCAAAUGUGGUUUCUAAUUCUUCUAACCCUUCUACUAGCAAUGGUUGUGUUAGGUGUUACAAUAUUUAUUUGAACUCUUAUGCUACUAAUAUUGAUGCUAUGCAAGCUCUUAAGAAAGAGAAUGAAAGGUUGGGCACAUUAGUGAAAUAUGGAUGCAUGAAGACAUACCAUUCAAAAGAUGCCCUUUACAAGACCAUCACCGCUCAUCCUAACAAGGAUGGACACGGGCUUGGGUUUUCGGGUGGAAGUCCUGUGUCUAAGCGUGUGAUGGUAAAUGUGAAAGAAUGCUUGAUGUUUGUGAGAGAAGGAAAAGCACCACAAGCAAGUGAGGUGACUAAUCUUGUGAGCAGCCAGGGACCCGGAACAUCCAGACAAACCGGCCAAAACCUCCUGGUGGGAGUCUCUGUCUCUCAAAAAUUCCCACCAGGAAGUUCCGGCCGGUUUGCCAGGAGGUUCCGGGCCAAUGGCCGUGCACAAGACAUGACCGGAAGUUCCGGGCAUAAUGCCAGGAGGUUCCGGCCAGAUGGUCUUUACUAUGAUUCAUAUGUAAUUUCCAAAAAUUCAGAGGGCAAAGUGGUUGCUUAUUUUAAUGGGAAUUACAAUGAUGAGUACCGCACUUGUGUGUGGUUGCCAAAGGCUUUGGCAUACUCCUCCGGUGGUUCAUGUUGGGUUGUGGACAAUGGUUGCACCAAUCAUAUGACUGGAGAGAGGAGUAUGUUUACAAGUCUUGAUAAGGAGAAUGGAACUCGUGAGAAUAUUGUGUUUGGAGAUGAUGGUAAAGGGAAGUUGGGUUACAAUUGCUUGUUUACCGAUGAGGAUGUGACCGUCUUUAGAAGGGAUGACUCCUCCGUAGCAUUCAAAGGCAAGUUAAAGGGUGAUCUCUAUCUUGUCGAUUUCGAUGUGGAUAGAGUGAAUCCGGAAGCUUGUUUGAUUGCUAAAUCCUCCAUGGGUUGGCUAUGGCAUCGUAGACUAGCCCAUGUUGGAAUGCGGAAUUUGGCAACUCUUCUAAAGGGGGAACACAUCCUCGGGCUCACUAAUGUCACAUUUGAGAAAGAUCGUGUGUGCAGUGCUUGCCAAGCCGGGAAACAAGUUGGGAAUCCACAUUCUAUCAAGAACAUCAUGACUACAACAUGCCCUUUUGAGCUUCUACAUAUGGAUUUAUUCAGGCCCGUGGCUUACAUAAGUAUUGGAGAUAACAAGUAUGGUUUUGUCAUUGUUGAUGAUUUUUCACGCUUCACUUGGGUGUAUGUUCUCCAUGACAAGAGUGAGGCUCAAGAUGUCUUCAAGCGCUUUGCCAAGCAAGCCCAAAACCUCUAUGAUCUUACCAUCAAGAGGGUGCGAAGCGACAAUGGAGGAGAAUUCAAGAACACUCAAGUGGAGGAAUUCCUUGAUGAAGUGGGAAUCAAGCACGAGUUCUCUGCCCCCUAUCAUCCUCCUCAAAAGAUUCGAGAUGUCUAUGAUGGGCGAGUUGACCUUCUUCCUCGGGCUACAAGUGAAGCAAGCACAAGAGGGCACUUUCAUCUCUCAAACCAAGUACGUGAAGGACAUUCUCAAGAAGUUUGGGAUGGAAGAUGCCAAACCCAUCAAGACUCCUAUGCCUACUAA